CUUAGUUAGAACAAGCAUUUUGCAGCACUGAUUCUCUGCAUCUCUUUUGUUUGGAUUUUGUAGUUUUUAUUACCUAUCUGUAUAUUUUUCCUUCCUAGACUGUUGGGUAGACUGUUUGCUUUAAUUAAGGAUCUUUUUCAUUUGUCUUUUUCUAAUACCUCAGAAAAUGGGGAUUGACUCUGGAGUCAAUAUUUCAGAUGAUGUUGUACCUUAUGGAGGGGAAAGUGCCUUUACCCAACUGGAGCACAACAUAGUGGCUGGAUAUCUAAUUACUGCAGGUGUCAUAAGUUUAGCAAGCAACAUUGUGGUGCUGCUAAUGUUUGCAAAGUUUAAGGAGCUGCGCACUGCCACCAACUUUAUCAUCAUAAACCUUGCUUUUACUGACAUUGGAGUGGCUGGGAUCGGCUAUCCCAUGUCAGCUGCCUCAGACAUCCACGGUAGCUGGAAAUUUGGCUACACUGGUUGUCAGAUCUAUGCAGCUCUCAAUAUCUUCUUCGGCAUGGCCAGUAUCGGCCUGCUGACUGUGGUGGCCAUCGACCGCUACCUCACCAUCUGCAGACCAGACAUAGGGCAGAAAAUGACGAUGCAAUCAUACAACCUUCUUAUUGUGGCAGCGUGGCUGAAUGCUGUGUUCUGGUCCUCCAUGCCGAUAGUGGGGUGGGCUGGUUAUGCCCCUGACCCCACUGGAGCUACAUGUACCAUCAACUGGAGGCAAAAUGAUGCCUCCUUCAUCUCUUACACUAUGGCUGUGAUUGCUGUGAACUUUGUGUUGCCUCUGUCCGUCAUGUUUUACUGCUACUACAACGUGUCAGUCACUGUAAAGAGAUACAAAGCCAGCAACUGCCUGGACAGCAUCAACAUCGACUGGUCAGAUCAGAUGGAUGUCACCAAGAUGUCCAUAGUAAUGAUCGUCAUGUUCCUGGUGGCCUGGUCUCCAUACUCCUUGGUUUGUCUCUGGGCAUCAUUUGGUGACCCCAAAACCAUCCCUGCCCCCAUGGCUAUCAUCGCUCCACUCUUUGCCAAGUCCUCCACCUUUUACAACCCCUGCAUUUAUGUUAUUGCCAACAAAAAGUUCAGAAGAGCCAUCAUAGGGAUGAUCCGAUGUCAAACCAGGCAGCGAAUCACCAUCAAUACCCAGGUUCCCAUGACAACCUCCCAACAACCCCUGACCCAGUGAGGUCACACUGCAUCAGUAUCGUGUUGUAUCAAUAAACCGUGGCAUUUAAACCAUGUAUAGAGGAUUGCUUUGAUGAAAUGAAUCACUGUCAGUGUCUUUCUGUCUCUUCUAGCUGUUUUCUGUUGAAUAACCUAAUGCACUGUGGUGUUUACUGUGUACAUUCCACUUGCUGUGACAGUGUAGUCAUUGUUUGUGUUCUAGUCACUUCAAUAACAGACGGACUCUGGAAAUCUUUCUGUGUAUGGACUGCAUUAUUCACCUGUACGGCAUAUCCCGUGCUUGGAAAAGGCCAGAGCAAGAACAGGAAAACCCCAAGCUGCUCUCAUACACUGCUUGUACAAUUUCUUAGGAAAAGUAAGGCACCAAAAUUCGUACAUAUCCCACGUGAUCAUGAGCCAGUAAUUUGUGUGUAAGCCAUGUGUUUGGGAAAUUUUUGAUCAUGUGACCAAUGCUCUGACAGAAGUGAAGAAGAAAGUGAUCCCAUUAGGGCACGUUGUUAUGGUGGUUGGAUGGGUCACAAUACACAAGACUUUCUCCAGGAGAUCAGUGUUCUGAACCAUGUGAACUUUGAGUGACCUUUGAGUUAUUUUAGGGUAUGAUGUCAUCAUGUUUCUUUUCCUAAACCUAGCCACAGUAAAAUUACUUGCAUAAACCUUGCCUAAAUAACUUAACAUUAAAUAUGUAUUUGCUUUAAUUGGGUUAGUCAUUUGUGGGGUGCUAAUCUGUAGGAUAUCAUAUGAUCUGUUGUAUUUGGAUACACUGAAAACCCACAGCCAAGUCGCCACAAAAAUUUUUUGCCGUUGUACAUUUCUGCAAAACAUGAAUAUGUUGCAUUUUUACGUUGCAUGCAAAUCAUAUCAACGUUUCUAAAGUGACAUAGAAUAAGAGCUGACCUUGUCACUGGGAGAUGGAGGAGAUGGUGGAUGGCAUGUUACCUGGGCAAGACGCUGCCAGGAUGCAGACCACUGCACACCACACCACCAAAAAACUUGUUUGUUUUAAGUGGCUUUUUAGGCAGCAAACAUGGGUGUUUUCUAGCGUCUCCCCUACUGUUUUUCCAUCGGGGACUGUUCCACAAAAGCAGUUGUUUUGUUCAGACAUCCUGCGGGAAUAGUGUCACAACAAACAGCUGUUUUUUACUGAGAUACUGCUACUUUUCCAGCAGGGAU